GGAGCAUGAAAACAAGCAGUCACUGAAACGAAAACAAGUCCUCAGAAAUACGGAAGAAAAAUAUGUUGACACUCUUCUAUCUUGUGCUAGGCUUAGCCUCAUCAACAUUAGCUAAUCCAACCACAACAACAACAGCACCAACAACAACAACUAGAGCCCCUGAUCUUGCCUGUCCCAUGUGGAAGUCAUAUGUGGACACCUUUAAUCGUGGGGGUGGGGGACAGUCUGUGAGAGACAGGGGGGUGAUGUUUAUGUGUAAAUUCCACCCAGAGAAGUGUGAACAGUUGGACUGUGAAGGAAGGUUCAGCAAUGCAUUGACAGGAACCUUUCAGUAUUGUUUGAACAUGAUCCUGAACCACUGUGAUAAUCCUAUCAGUAUGGAUGUUAGCAUCAGCGUGGAUAAAUUCAACUUUAACUUCGCCCAGCGAGUCACACACAACUCGCAAUUCCCUUUGACCAUCAAGAACCAGAAUUUCAGUCUUUCUGGGAUUCCCCUCCAUGAGUACCUGGAGUUCACCCUGGUGAAGCUUAAUGCCACAGCUGUAAGAAUUGGAAUGAAGCUGGCGACAGAGUUGUGUAUCCCAAACCUCGGUUGUACCUUUAACAAGAAGAUAAAUCUGAUACCAGACAGUGUGGUACCUGUCUCUACAUGUGCUAAAUCAACCGUAACACCUCUACCAAAGGCACCCAAGUGUGGCAAAGGAACCACUGGUGGUGGUGGUGGUAAAGUAGUAUUCACCACCACCAAAAUGCCACCACACACCACCUACAAGUCAG